CUCAUCCUCUUCAAGGUAAAAGUCUUGGCCAUUUCAAGGGCAUCCCUACGGUUUCUUUCCCCAAAGAGGACAUCCUUCUUCUAAGCAACUGUUUCAAGUUGGCUAUGAUCGGAAGCUUUCAACGCAGGCCUCCUUUUCCGGUUAUGGAGGCUUUCCUGAACAGGCUUGGUCUCUGUGGCAAAUUUUCCUUCUCCAUCCUUUCCCACCGGAAGUUACUGAUAAACUUCAUGGCAGAAGAAGACUACAUUCGCGUCUUAUGUCGCAAGACAUGGGAUGUUCAUGGCAGAAUCAUGAGAGUCACCAAGUGGAGCCCUGCCCUUUCACCUGAGAUAUAUAAUCCGGUCGUUCUGGUGUGGAUCUCCAUACCGGACCUGCCUAUACAUCUUCAUGACAUGAGAGCUCUCAGACUUAUCCUUUCCCAUCUUGGCAACCCUAUCAUGGUGGAUCUCAGCACCAAGAACUUCUCUCGUCCAGCUCUAGCUAGGGUCUGUGUAGAGAUGGAUGUCUCUAACCUCCCGGUUCCCAAGAAGUGCCGGAAACUUGGUCACAGCGCCGGUAAGUGUGGUGGGGUCAAUUGGGUACCAGACCCUGUUUCGAAACAAAUGAAUGGAGACACCACUGCCAAGCUUGUGGACACCACUGCCAAGCUGGUGGACAAAGGACAGAGGGAGGGGAAAGAGCACGUGAAGGAGGAUAUUUGGCAAACAGUCCAUUCCAGAAAACAUAAGUCCAAAAAAGGCAGGCUUUGGCAGGGAGUCAGAGAUGCUGAAAAUAGAGCAAUACUUGCUCAGGAAAAACUGGAGCAGGAGGACAGUGAGGUGGCUCUGUUGGAAGCCAACUUAGCUAAUGCUCUUCUUACUCAAGCUUGUAAAAAAGAAGAAAUCUAUUGGGCACAAAAAGCUAACAUUAACUGGCUUAAGAAUGGUGAUGCAUCCACCAAAUACUUUCAUUCAGUUCCUAGGGCCAAAAGGCACUCCCUUAAAAUUAAUAGUGUCAAGAAUAUGCAAGGUGUUAACCUCACUUCUGAGGUUGACAUCUCCAACGCUGCUGUGGAAUAUUUCACUAAUAUCUUCAAGUUUAGACCUGUGGGACAGUUGAAUCAGGCCCUUGAACACAUCCACACAAAUAUUACUCUAGAUGAUAACCUAUCUCUUACCAAAAUUCCAAAUAAAGAGGAUAUAAAAUCAUCCAUUUGGAAGCUAUAUGCAUCUAGUGCAGCAGGUCCCGAUGGCUUUAAUGGAACUUUCUUCAGGCAUUGUUGGAGCACCAUUCAUCUCCAUGUUACCAAAGUUGUCCAAGAAUAUUUCAUUGGAGUCCCCAUCCCACAAGUUUUUGGCAGUACCACCAUCACACUCCUCCCUAAGAAGGAGACCUACACUAGCUUUGAUUACUAUAGGCCACUAUCUCUCUCUACAUUCUUUAGCAAGAUCAUUACCAGGAUCCUUAGUGACAGACUCAAACUCUUACUUCAUAAACUCAUUUCUAAAGAGCAGGUAGCCUAUCAGAUAGGUAAGGAUAUUGAAGAACAUAUUUUACUUACUAAGGAGAUGGUUCACAUGUUAGCCUCUGGCUAUAGAGGGAGCAAUAUCAUUAUUAAGUUGGAUCUCUGCAAAGCUUUUGAUACCCUCAGUUGGGAGUUUCUGGAAACCAUUCUCUCUAAGUUUGGUUUCACCCAGCAUAGUCUUCUUCUGCUUAUGGGUAUUCUCAAAGGCACUUGGUUCUCUAUACUAGUAAAUGGGCUUCCCAGGGGGUUUUUUCCAAUGAAAUCUGGAGUUAAGCAAGGAGAUCCCCUUUCUCCUUUGCUUUUCAUUAUUGCUAUGGAAGCUAUUCCAAUGCAUACACUACUCAUCCAGGAUCUUCCCAAAUCUGUCAUCACCAGUCUCAACAAAAUGAUGGCAAAUUUCUUACGGGGCAGUAGGGAGACAAAGAACAAACAUCACUGGAGGAAAUGGGCAGACCUUUGUUACUCCCUGGAGGAAGGAGGCCUUGGAUUCAGGAGCAUUGAAGAUCUUCAGGCAGCUGCUGCACUUCAAAUGUGCACCGAUCAACUGGGUCAAGUUCGGGAUGAUUCACAUGGCCGAUGCCGCCACCAUCGCCCACAGUCGAUUCUGUCCUAUGCAUUCUUGGUGAAGGAGAUUCUUGAGUGGGCUAAAGUCAUCAUCACCACUGGCCCGCUCACCAAGGCCACGAAGACGUGGACCAUCAACAACCAAUGCUUUAAAAAGCGCCUCAUGGCUAACGGGAUGGGCAACACCAUUGAGUGCAUUGGUACGGGAGUUCAACGCCAAGGCUAUGUCAUGCAAGCGUACUUUGACUGUGUCCACUUUGUGCACCCGCCGUAUCAAUCCGCCUUCCUUGGCCAAGACUAUGCCGCUUUUGACAACGACGAGUCUUACGCCCCCUUAGGCUCAUCGGAUGAUGAUGAGCUAGAUGAGGAAGUUGAUGGCAUUCCAAUGGACGCGGAGGAUGAGGACAACGGGGAUGAAGAUGAUGACUAGGACUUGGCUCCCAAGAAUUUCUCACUUU